AGGAAGGACAGGAGGUAGACUUAGAUUGUUGGACGACUCCUCUGGUCUGUUCUCGCCAAGAGGAGAAGAAACCCAUCGCCUUCGAUCGAGGUUAAGUGUCGUGUUGCUUCUCGCAUUUUGGUUCUAGCCAUUGGUUUCUCAGUCAGGCUUAGAGCAACGCACUGAUUCGCUGGAGGCCUGAGAUUCCAACUCGCGCUCUCUAUCUCCAGCAAUAGCGCACGAAGUUUCUUCUCGGGGGAUGGAAGACGACGAUCCGAGGGAGUCGAGCGGGAGCAAGGUCCUGACCUCAGAGCAGCUGCAGAGGCUGCAAGACUUGCAGCGGAGACGCCUACAGAUUCAGAAGAAGGCUCAGAGUGCGCCCGGCGGCAAGACGAGGAGCAAGAAGAAGGCGAAAAAGGGACCGCCGGCGGGGGGCGAGUCAGCGAGCGAAGAACAGCAAGCCAGCACUCUAGCUUCAGCGACAGCUCAGGGAUGUGGCCAUUCGCAGCCACGGGUGCGAGUAGACAUUCCCAGUCACCGCUUUUCGCCAUCCAGAGAUCCAACCACCUCGGCUACAAUUGCAGAACCGAAGGACAAUUUGCGCGUCGAGAAAGAGUGCAAAGAUGACCCCAUCCAAGGCGCUGUUGGGGAAGUGGUUGCUUCUGCCAACCAAGCUCUGGCGGUGGUGAAGCAAGCAGGAACGUCGGUAACUUCAGCUCGGAGGAAAAGGAAAAAGCUGCACUGGGGAUUAGAUUCGAAAGAACGAUGGGAGCGCAAGAGCAAUAUGUAGACCACCGACAUUGCAAUGCAAAGUUCUGGCAGAAGAUCGUUCUGCACAAUUGUGCUUAGUGUGAACAUGAGCACGGGGAGUUCUACUCAGAUUUUAGAUUUUAGAAGGUAGGGUUUUGGUAGGUUUUAGCAGGAGAGAAGUCUUCUCUUAUAUUGCAGUCCCGUCAACACCGUGACAU